UUUCGCGCAGGAAGGCGCAGCGCGCGGAGGGUUAAGUCGGCGCCCAGGUUCGCAGGGCGGGUUUGGGCUUCGCCCGCUUCCGAUUCGAAACCCGGGAAAAGGAAAAAAAGAAAAAGAAAGAAAAGAAAAAGUCACGCCUGGCAGCGGCGGCGGAGCAGGUUAAGAUGAAAAGAGAAAAGAACAUCCGUUGGACGAUGGAUCUGACCUUGACCAACGGGGACUGCAGCGACUCGGACCCUGCCCCCGAGGAGAACGAUGCUGCAGACGCCAGCCAGGCGGAAAGUGUGACCUCUGGGAUAAAGGAGGAGGAGGAAGAGGAGGCUGAUGACAUCCCCAAGCAAGUCCGAGAGGUCCCGGUGCGAGGAAACGCUGGCUGGGAGAACAGCCUGAGGCAGAAACCAGCACCCCGGAUCGUCUUCCAGGCUGGUCCCGUCUCGCAGGAGAAGAAAGUCAAAGACGAUGUGGAAAGCAUCGAAGGCUUCAAGGAACGUCACAAAAUCAGGCACUCGAAAAGGCUUUCUGGGUGUAUCCAGAAAAACUACUCGGAAGAGGAGAAUUCCCGGCAGCAGGAAAACUCCGAGGUCACAAAUGGCUGUGACUACCGAACAGCAAGAAGGACGGCAGAAUACCAGGACGGAAAAGGCUUUGGAAUCGGGGAACUGGUCUGGGGGAAGAUCAAAGGCUUCUCCUGGUGGCCGGCCAUCGUGGUGUCCUGGAAGACGACCUCCAACCGCCAGGCGGCCCCUGGCAUGCGCUGGUUGAAAUGGUUUGGGGACGGAAAGUUUUCGGAGAUCUCCGCUGACAAACUGGUGGGUCUGGUACAUUUCCGGGAACAUUUCAACCCCGCCACGUUUCAGAAGUUGGUGUCCUACCAACAAUCCAUUCUCCAUGUUUUGGAGAUGUGCGUCCUCCAAGAAAAUGAGCCGGAGGGAAAGAGCGCCCUAGGAAGGCAAAGCCGCUCUAGUACAGAACUCACUGCCCCGGCAGCGGCAGCCCAGCGGAAGCUCCUAAACCUCGAUUGGCUGCUAAGGCCAGGCCACGCCCGCUCCUGCCAGAGCGCCGCCAAUGGGGAACGGGAGCUGAUCAAGCGUUGCCCGGCCUCUUCCGGCCAAAGGGCCGAAAUAAGGACAGGAGAAUUGCCUGGCCUGGCCCACCUUUGGGGAGUGAGAGGUGAUAUUGCCCAGGGCAGGGGCAACAGCAGAGAAGGCCCUGUUCCUGGACCCUUGCCAUCUUUAGCUGAUGGGUUCUACAGCAUGCCCUCCCUCUCUGACCAGGUGGGACAACCUGAUGUAACGGAAGGAAGACAGUUCCGCAGGUAG